AUCAACUGGCAGUUCUUCUACUGAAUGCGAACAUUUCAAUGUGGCAAGUGUGAAAGUAGUAGAAAGUGAUCAGUAAUGCUUACAAAAAUAAUGCUUUUAGCAUUAGUUUCGACCGAGUUAACCCAGUCAUUUUAUUUUUAAAUGUCUUAUGUUUAUUGUUAUGAAAAAAAGCAGCUUGGCGCCUUCACAAGCCUCAGACCAAACUCGAAAGGAUCCUAUAGACAGAAGGAAGCAAUCGUCAUACUAAACUAAGAAGUUAACCAUGUCUUCCGAAGAGCUUGUCCAAACUGCAGUGGAGAUAAUUGAUUCCGCACACAGCUAUCGGUUUCAGAUGUCGCAGCUGCUGGACACACUGACAGAGCUAGAGGAUCAGGUGAAACACAGUGCCAACCAAACUGCACAUACUUUGAAAGCAUAUUUUGCUAACCUAAAGGCUUCAGUAUGUGAGGCACUAGAUGCCAGACUGGAACAGUUGCUGCAUGAAAUUGAAAGCAUCCAAGAAAGAGCUUUGACACCCUUGCAGCAGAGUAGAGCAAUCAUUGAGAAUAAUGCAGAGUCAGCUGCAAAUGUCAUGAAAGAAGGUGGAGCUCUUUUAGCAGGAAACCCUGAAAAGAGUCCGGAGAAAAUUAUUAAAUUCAGGGAGAACCCUCUGGUUUCUCGUCUAAACAGUUUUCCAGAAUUACCUAGUCCAUCUGAAGUAGCCUCAAUCACUGUGGAGACAACGUCUGGCAUGCAAGAGCAGCUUCGAAACCUGGUCCUGCAGGAGGGCAAAGUCUUGGCUCGUGCACCAGUUCAGAUUCUUCACAUAGAAGGAAAGCCAGGUGGCUUACAAGUUCAGUGGGCAGAGGUUGAAGAAGAUAGCGACAUGAGCGAAUUUAUGCUACAGUAUACCAGUGGACAGCUAAGUGGUAAUGACAACUCGCGACUUCUUUUCCACACAGCUUAUGAGGGCCCUGCUACCAGUUACACCGUGAAAAACCUUAGGAUGAAUGCUCAUUACACUUUUCGUGUGUGUGGUCGGGUAGAUAAAAAUAGCCAUUGGAGUCCUUGGAGUGUGUGUCAGACAGCAGUCAACACCAUACUUCACCAUAGAUGGGGUGAUGGUGGAGAAGCCUAUAGCUUGAGCAACGAAGGGCGAACAGCCACAAGGAUGGGAGAAGGUCUUACUAAAGUUCUGUACUCAGAUAUCAGCAGCUAUGCAGCUGGUGACACUCUUGUAUUUCGCAUCUUGGACUCAGCUGAUGUUUCUCCAGGGGAUGGCCUGGCUAUAGUGCUUGACAUCAACGAUGACGAGAGCUGCAAUCGCCAUGGAGCUAUUUUUGUUAACACUUACGGAACAGUUUUUGUGGAUUCACAAGAAAUGAAAACAAAACUACCUCCUAUAAAGAAGGGAACAAUAUUAACUUUUCAGACAGAACCUUUGCCUAAUGGCAAGGUCAGGGUCAGUGUGCAGGUUGAUGACAAAGAAGUAACACUGGACUGGAAAGUGUCAGCAUUCACAAUGCCGGGAGUUGCAUUAAUGGAAUCGUCUACCCCAUCUUUCUAUUUUGCUCUCCGCUUUGCACAAGAGCACUGGAAAGUUGGUGUCGAGUGAAUAAGGGUCAUUUGUGCUGCUGCUUUUGAAAAUUGGAGAUAGUCCUACUGAAAAUGAAAUGAUGUAACUAGCAUCAUUUAUCAAAAAUCAACCUCAUUAAAUUUGGUUGCCAAGGAAACACGGGUGUUGUUGCAUGUAAGAGUUAUUGAAGUGGGAAUAUUCCUUUGGUUUACUGCUUCCAUUCAAAGAAUGAUUCCUUUUAUUCCCAGAUAAUGGGUUGAGAUUUUUUUCUCUAAAUUUCUGGCCUGCCUUUCAUAAAUGUGACUCUAUUUCUGUGCCUAUUUCCUUGUGAAAUGUAUGAGGAGGUUUAUGCACAGAAGAGAUAUAAAGCAUGCAUGCUGUUUACCUAACAUGUACCAUGUUUGGAUAAUUCAUCUACCCUCAUCCUCUUUGAUCUGAGCUACAGUAUUAAACAAAACAUACAAAGCUCAAAGUGCCUGACUGAACAAUAUCCAUGCAACAUGUACACAUCAGUUUCAGCAUGAUAAAAAGAUACUAUGUUAAAGCAUGAAAUGGAAGGGAUAAUGUAGUGGGUCUGCUAGCCAUUGCUUUCUUAGCACCUUUCUAUGUUCCACAUAACUUGCUCUUAAAUAUAAAGUACAUUGGCAUAGACAUAUUUCAGGUAGGAAUCCAAAGCAAUGCAAAUGUCCAUGGUUUAGACAUGAUAUAUAUAGUCCACUGAGAUUGUUGCUCACAUUUUUCAGUUGCAAUAGUUAAUGUGAUCAAUACAAAGACUAGGUCCCUAUAGAAAUGCUUAGUUUAUACAUUCCCCACAAUUGCACCAGUUUUUGAAGAUUGUACUGGUUGAACCCACAUGGAGUACUCUUGCAUUUUGAUACUUGUAGCACAUUGCGCUUCUUAAACAUCUGAUAAGGUUCAUAGAGUAUUCUGGAACUGGCAAAUUUAGUAUAAAAUGGAGGCAAAGCUUCACCUUAUUCUGCAUGACUAGAAAUAGUGGGGAGCACUACCUUGCCUUUGUGCACAUUUUAUGUCAAGCAGUGCACUUUCUUGUCUUCCCCUCUAUCCUAUUAUACCUUUACACAUACACUGGCUUUCAACCAGAUAUAUAAAUGCUAUUGAAUCCACUCUUGAAGUCAGAAUCUGAGUUCAGGUUUGGUUAACUUUAAUUGUCUUGAAUGUUCUUUUUUGCUUGCAGAAUUAAAAGACAUAAAAUCCAACAUAGCUCUUUCUACUUGUGACCAACAUUUCUUGAAGCAGUAAAUGAACUGACUAAUAAUCUUGUGAUGCAUUUGAAAACAACAGAAAGCCUUCUAAACGUGUAAAAUAGCACAGGCAUAUAUAACAUUCCUUCGCACUAUUAUGUACAUGACCCAUAACAAAGGCAGCAGGCCUAAGACCAAAUCACUAAGCCAGGGUUGUAGCACUGACCAAAAUUAGACUCCCAAAAAGCAUACCAUUACUUUGCUGGUAACAGGCAUUCCAGUUAUCCAUUUAAAAGGUGCUGCUACUGAUUAUUCUUUUUAAUGGUUAUACUUCUUGUUUUGUGUUUCUAAUCUCAAAAGAAAAGUGAGCAAACAAUGUGAUUUUCGAGUAUCAAAAUAUAAAAAAAAUUUCAAUCACCAGCUUUUAUUACCUAAACAGAAGAGUCAUCAAAUUUAAGAUUUUUCUUCAACAGUGCUGUUGCUUUAUUUUAUGGGGAGAACAGAGAGAAGCCAUUUUAAGGUCUAAGCACUUGACUUUAUAUGAUUGUAUGCUAUGCUAGGUUUUGAGUGGCAGAAAUUGGAUAUGGGCAUGUUUGUGAAUUUAAAUACUUUCGUUUAUUGCUUGAGUGACACAAAUAAAUAAUGCACCUGUA